AGCGGCACAAUUUUAAUUCUCAAACGGAGGAAGCUUCUAUACAAGACGAGGCACAGGUCUUCACAAUAUUAUUUUUCCGGUGGACAAUUUCUAUUUGUGGUAUCUUUAUGAAUAAUUAUUAUCAGCUGCUUUUUCUGCACAGACGUGAACACAUUUACUCAAGGCAAAUAUAAUAUAUUAUAUUUACAAAACCUUCUCUCAGUUAUGUCACUUAACAUUGUUGGAAAAUUAAAGGAAGAUCAGUGUACUGUUGAGUCAGUAGGUAUCUUCAAUAGUCUCGGCAGAAUUUUCAUUACGCUAACAUAUACGCUAACCUCACUACUUUGUAUAACUUUGUUGAUUAAAGCAGGACAUCGAGUCUCAUUAUUUAUAAAUAUUCAACUUUAUGUUGCAGCUUUUAUCGGAGAGUUUCCUUUGAUACUUCCCUUUCUUAUAUUUUCCCAUAUUUCUAGUACACCGCAGUAUUAGUCAUUGUUACUCAAAGUCACAGGCGUUAAAAAAACGAAUUUCCUGGGCUAUCUGUUGAUAUUCGUGCAGGAAACAGAGACUGCAUAUCACGAUGUCCUGUAUAAGAAGAGCAAAGACUGCCAUGGCCAUCUUGAAAGCUAUCGUCAGCCGGGUUCUUUUCGCUCUUCACGGCUUCAUUUGUAUCUGGCGCGUGACCGUGGUCAAAGGUCAGCCUCUGUACUGGUGCCUGACCGGGACUUUUCCAGUUAUGGUGAUCGAAACAGUCUUCACUAUUAGACGGAAAAAAGGUGGAGAGUGGAAAUGGGUAUGCCCCAGUGUUCUUCUGUACCUUGGAACCGCCGUGCCUGCCAUUUGGUUCCUGGAGUUGGAUCUCAUGGCCGGAAGAAUGGUUCAGUCUACUCAUGACCUCAAAAACUCUACCAGGGAAGACAGCAUUUCUGUAUUAACUGACCAGCUGAAGAUAUCGCUGGGUCGAGAGGAGUGGUGCAAGAUCCUGGAGCAGAUGCUGUUGUUGAUCCUCAUCAUAGGUCGCUGGCUUCUCCCGAAAGGGGAGAUCACUCGCGAACAGCUCUCUCAGUUGCUUCUUGUUUACAUCGGGAUGGCAGCGGACAUAAUAGAGCUAUUCGAAGCAUUCAAGGAGGAAGGAGUGAGGGAAAACUACCUGCUGACCAUCAUCAUCUUGUCGCUAUGGACUGCAAGCCUGACCCAGUUUACGUUUGUUGUCACGGCAACCAAGGCCAAGCGGAUGCGUCCCGUACUCUUCAAAGAUGGCUCCCGGUCAGGAAUCAACAUCGCGGGAAGAUCCUGUUGCCCCACAGAAGUCCUGUCCAUCCUUAUCAGCGUCAUGCUGCAGGACGGCCCAUUCCUGGUGCUGCGGAUGCUCCUCAUCUUCCGGUAUGAUGUGCUCAGCUACACCAACCUAUUCUUCACGUCAAAGAACACGCUGGUAUUAGUCCUGCAGUUCUACCGCCUCAUCGUUCUCUUCACCCAGCGGUCCAGCGACCACCCUGCUACCACCACCAUCAUCAUCAGUAAAGACGACAACGGCGUCCUUGACAGAGACGUUCUGUUCGGAUCUGGAGCUGACGUCAGAGUCACGCGGAGCCGCGAGAAGGAGGGAGGAACGGCGAGUGUCAGCGAUCCCGUCACUCCCAGCGACUCCUACUACCGCGACGAAGAUGAUGGAGAAGGAGAGUUGUCGGAGUACGAGGACGACAUCAUGAAUGUGACCGAGUUCAAGGAUAAAGAACAAGAAAGCAAACUAACUAUGCCUCAGAGGAAAACGCCUACGAGCGUCAGACGACAGUCCUUCAAGCGCCAAAAAGCCGCUGCAGCAGAGUCUCCCCACACCUCCACCGAGCGAGAAUGCGACUCCAUCGACAACGGCAUCUGCAACACCGGGACUCUGACCUCCAUGAGCUCGCUGCCACAUUCAAUGUCCGACGCCGAGGUCCUCUCUAUCCACAGAGGCAAAGGCAAAGGUGAAAGGAGAAAGAUCAGCUCUGACAGCACCAGGGGAAGCAUGAGUGACUCCAGGGAAGAUGUUCGAAAAAAGGAAGGCAAACCCAAAGGAAUGAGGCGGCAACGGUCAGCUAAAGAGCACUGGAAAAAUGUCCAGACCUUCACAAGGGCCAUUGCCUUCGUGAACGAAGCAGGAAAACAUAAGACGAUUGUAUUAAAGCCCGUCGAAACCGCGGACAAGCAAACAGUCUACGUUCUCCAGUCCGAUUUCAGGACUGGAAAAAAGAUAUAGGUCUGUUUCAAAACGAGCGUUCUUAACAUUUCAUUAUCUUUUUGUUAAAUUUUA